ACAAGCUACGGUGUAGAAGCAAGUUUCAAGUGUUAUCGAGCAAAGUCCUACAGAAGAAAAUCAAAAUGAUUUCUAAAGUCCUAAUUUUUGUGACCAUCCUGUUGCAAUUCCUUGCAAGGAGUUCGGCCAAACCAACGACCAUGUUCAUUACCGACGAUAGGGAUUGGGACGAUUUGGUUUCUCACUACGUGAAUUACGAUGACCUUUCGUUCAGCAAGGAGCAAUUGGCGUUCCCAACGACUGAUCAUCCCUCUUCCGUGGAAUUACACCCACUGAUCAGAGCACUUGUGAAACGAAGUAUUGAUCCCGUGGUAGAAGAAGUGAACAAAGAACCUCUCGUUUUGGAGCUUCCAGUAAAUAAUAACGGUGAAGAUAUGGAGGUCGCGGAAUCGCAUCUCUUUAGACCAGUUUUCCGAUACAAGUCACAGUACACCGAGAGACGGCGAAUUCGGCAGCUUCCGAUUCAGUUUGUGAGCCAAAAUUCGUAGUUGAGAUUGAAUCACUUUGAAGAAAAAAACGCCAAAAAGAUCAUUCGUGGAAUUCAUUUGUAAAAAAUUCAUUUACAUCGUAAUUUAUUUUUGUAAUAAACUCAUUGAA